GGCUCUGGUAUGAAGGCAGAAGGAGGCAGCCAGCGAGCCCCGAUGCUUAUUCAGGCUGGGGAGCGGAGCCGAGUGGAGGGGCGAGCGGGGCUCCGGCAGCGCGGGGGAGCCCGGGGAGGCGGCGGCGCGCGGCGGAGCCAGUGGCCGGACAUGCCCCGGACCCGGGGCCGCUGCACCACCGCCGCCGCCCGGAGCCAGCCGGCCGGACGCCCGCACGCCCGGGUCUCCCGGCGCCGCGCAGCCCGGGGGUUGCGACCUGGACCCUCGGCGUCGGAUCGACAAUAAGCGCCCAGACAGCCCCCUCCCCGCCCGGGCCCGGCGUCCCCGCGGGCCUGGGGGAAAGUGAAAGGCGGAGGCGAAGGAAGGAAGGAAGGAAAGAAGGAAGGAAGGAAGGAAGGGAGGAGGAGGAGGAGGAGCAGCAGCAGGAGGAGCGGGACCCGAGCCCCGGCCGGGAGGCUCGGGGCCGAGACCCCAGCCCCGCGCCCCGCGCCCCGCGCACCGCGCCCCGCGCCCCGCGCCCCGGCCCGGGCGGGUGUGCCGGCUCCCCGCCACUGCCCGGCGCCCACGACCAUGCUCGGCGGUGGCGAGGCGGGACCCCAGGCGUCCACCGAUUCCCGGAUCCCCUCUCCCGGGCCGGGCAGGGUUUGAGAUCAAGACGCCCAGGAUCAAAAGCUCACCGCCCGCCCUCGGCUUCGCACCUCCAGCGGCCCGGCCGGAGGGGGACCCCCAUCCGCCCGCCGCCCCCGACCUGGCCAUGGCGUCCAGCUCCGGCCUGGCGUGAGGACCCCCGGCCCGCGCGAGGGAGCCCCCCAUCUCAGACCACACCCUUGAGCCUGAGCCUGAGCACAUUCUCCGGAGUCCGAGCUCCAGCGCCGAGUACCUGGCGGGCCCCGGGCACGCACAGGGGCCGUGGUCCCACAGUGUUUGGGAGCCAUGAGGAUCCUGGCUAACAAGACAAGGUUACCCCACCCCAGGAGGAGAGAAGCUCCAGGGAGCCCGCCGCUGUCCCCCCGCGGCCACUGCCCCCCUGCCCCAGCCAAACCAAUGCACCCAGAAAAUAAGCUGACCAAUCAUGGCAAGACAGGGAAUGGCGGGGCCCAAUCACAGCACCAGAAUGUGAACCAAGGACCCACCUGCAACCUGGGCUCCAAGGGCGUGGGGGCAGGGAGCCAUGGGGCCAAGGCCAACCAGAUCUCACCCAGCAACUCAAGUCUGAAGAGCCCCCAGGCAGGGGUACCCCCUUUCAGCUCGCUCAAGGGCAAGGUGAAGCGGGAGCGCAGCGUCUCGGUGGACUCUGGAGAACAGCGGGAGGCUGGGACCCCAUCUUUGGAUUCGGAGGCUAAAGAGGUGGCACCUCGGAGCAAGCGGCGGUGUGUGCUGGAGCGGAAGCAGCCAUACAGCGGGGACGAAUGGUGCUCCGGCCCCGACAGCGAGGAGGAUGACAAGCCCAUCGGGGCCACCCACAAUUGUAAUGUAGCAGACCCAGCUAUGGCGGCCCCGCAGCUGGGGCCUGGCCAAACUGCCCAACUGCCCCUCAGUGAGAGCAGCGCCCCUGGCCCACCGCACGGCCCCCCGCCAGGCCUUCGGACAGACGCCCCGGGAGGCGGGGGUGGCGGCGGCGGGAAUGUCCCCGGCAAGCCUCCGUCCCAGUUCGUGUACGUCUUCACCACCCACCUGGCCAACACGGCCGCGGAGGCCGUGUUCCAGGGCCGGGCGGACUCCAUCCUCGCCUACCACCAGCAGAACGUGCCCCGGGCCAAGCUGGACCAGGCCCCCAAAGUGCCACCCACCCCGGAACCGCUCCCCUUGAACACGCCGACGUCGGCCGGCACCCCGCAGUCCCAGCCGCCGGCCCUGCCGCCGCCGCCGCCCGCCCCGGCCCCCGGCAGCGCCCCCCCUGCCCUGCCUCCGGAGGGGCCCCCUGAGGACGCCGGUCAGGACCUGGCCCCCAACUCCGUGGGAGCCGCCAGCACGGGCGGUGGCGCCGGGGGCACCCAUCCUAACACCCCAACCGCCGCGGCCGCCACCAACCCUCUGCCUCCCGGGGGAGACCCCAGCAGCGCCCCGGGCCCGGCCCUGCUGGGGGAAGCCACGCCCGCGGGCACCGGGCAGCGCGGCCUGGUGGGCUCGGAGGGGCUGUCCAAGGAGCAGCUGGAGCACCGCGAGCGCUCCCUCCAGACCCUGCGCGACAUCGAGCGGCUGCUGCUCCGCAGCGGCGAGGCGGAGCCCUUCCUCAAGGGGCCCCCCGGAGCGGGCGGCGAGGGGGGCCCGCCGGCGCCCGCCCCGCCGCCCCCCCAGCAGCCGCCCCCGGGCCCUCCCGGCGGGCUGAAGAAGUACGAGGAGCCCCUGCAGUCCAUGAUCUCACAGACCCAGAGCCUCGGGGGCCCCCCGCUGGAGCACGAGGCGCCCGGGCACCCCCCGGGCGGGGACAUGGGGCAGCAGAUGAACAUGAUGAUGCAGAGGCUGGGCCCGGACAGCCUGACGCCCGAGCAGGUGGCCUGGCGCAAGCUCCAGGAGGAGUACUACGAGGAGAAGCGGCGGAAGGAAGAGCAGAUCGGGCUGCACGGGGGCCGCCCCCUGCAGGACAUGAUGGGCAUGGGGGGCAUGAUGGUGAGGGGGCCCCCGCCCCCCUACCACAGCAAGCCCGGGGACCAGUGGCCCCCCGGGAUGGGCUCGCCGCUGCGGGGGGCCAUGGACGUCCAAGACCCCAUGCAGCUGCGGGGCGGACCGCCCUUCCCCAGCCCCCGUUUCCCAGGCAACCAGAUGCAGCGGAUGCCCGGCUUCGGGGGCAUGCAGGGCGUGCCCAUGGAGGUGCCCAUGAACGCCAUGCAGAGGCCGGCGAGGCCGGGCAUGGGUUGGACCGAAGACCUGCCCCCCAUGGGGGGACCCGGCAGCUUUGCCCAGAACGCCGUGCCCUACCCCGGCGGGCAGGGCGACUCGGAGCGGUUCAUGGCCCCGCGCGUGCGCGAGGAGCUGCUGCGCCACCAGCUGCUGGAGAAGCGGUCGAUGGGCCUGCAGCGGCCGCUGGGCAUGGCGGGCGGCGGCAUGGCGCAGGGCAUGGAGAUGGAGCGGAUGAUGCAGGCGCACCGGCAGAUGGAUCCCGCCAUGUUCCCCGCGCAGAUGGCCGCCGGCGAGGGCCUGGCGGGCGCCCCCAUGGGCAUGGAGUUCGGCGGGGGCCGCGGCCUCCUGAGCCCCCCCAUGGCGCAGUCCGGGCUGAGGGAGGUGGACCCGCCCAUGGGCCCGGGCAACCUCAACAUGAACAUGAACGUGAACAUGAACAUGAACAUGAACCUGAACGUGCAGAUGACCCCGCAGCAGCAGAUGCUCAUGUCGCAGAAGAUGCGGGGCCCCGGGGACCUGAUGGGACCCCAGGGCCUCAGUCCCGAGGACGUGGCCCGGGUGCGAGCCCAGAACAACGGUGGCAUGAUGGGCGGCCCGCAGAAGAUGCUGAUGCCGUCCCAGUUCCCCAGCCAGGGCCAGCAGGGGUUCUCGGGGGGCCAGGGACCUUACCAAGCCAUGCCUCAGGACAUGGGCGGUACCCAAGACUUGUUCAGCCCCGACCAGGGCUCGGUGCCCAUGGGCACUGUGGCUACCACCCGGCUCAGCCACAUGCCCCUCCCCCCCGUGUCCAACCCUCCCCCGGGCUCUGUGCACCCCGCCCCCAGCCGGGGCCUGGGCCGACGGCCUUCCGACCUCACCAUCAGUAUUAACCAGAUGGGCUCGCCGGGCAUGGGGCACCUCAAGUCGCCCACGCUCAGCCAGGUGCACUCGCCGCUGGUCACCUCGCCCUCCGCCAACCUCAAGUCGCCCCAGACUCCCUCGCAGAUGGUGCCCUUGCCUUCCGCCAAUCCCCCGGGACCCCUCAAGUCGCCGCAGGUCCUCAGCUCCUCCCUCAGCGUCCGCUCGCCCACUGGCUCGCCCAGCAGGCUCAAGUCGCCUUCCAUGGCGGUGCCUUCUCCAGGCUGGGUCGCCUCGCCCAAGACAGCCAUGCCUAGCCCUGGGGUCCCCCAGAACAAGCAGCCGCCUCUCAACAUGAACUCAUCCUCCACCCUGGGCAACUUGGAGCAGGGCACCCUCCCGCCCAGUGGUCCCCGGAGCAGCUCCUCAGCGCCUCCUGCCAACCCUCCCAGCGGCCUCAUGAACCCCAGCCUGCCGUUCACCUCCUCCCCAGACCCCGCCCCUUCCCAGAACCCCCUGUCACUGAUGAUGUCCCAGAUGUCCAAGUACGCCAUGCCCAGCUCCACCCCGCUCUACCACAACGCCAUCAAGACCAUCGCCACCUCCGACGACGAGCUGCUUCCCGACCGGCCGCUGCUGCCCCCGCCGCCGCCGCCGCAGGGCUCCGGGCCAGGCCUCAGCAACAGCCAGCCCAACCAGAUGCACCUGAACUCCACUGCUGCCCAGAGCCCCAUGGGCUUGAACCUGCCAGGCCAGCAGCCCCUGUCCCACGAACCCCCGCCCGCCAUGCUACCCUCUCCCACCCCUCUGGGCUCCAACAUUCCGCUGCACCCCAAUGCACAGGGGACAGGGGGCCCCCCUCAAAACUCCAUGAUGCUGGCCCCAGGAGGCCCAGACUCCCUGAAUGCCCCCUGCGGCCCCGUGCCCAGCUCUUCCCAGAUGAUGCCCUUCCCCCCUCGGCUGCAGCAGCCCCACGGUGCCAUGGCCCCCGCGGGGGGCGGGGGCGGGGGGCCCGGCCUGCAGCAGCACUACCCGUCGGGCCUGCCUCUGCCCCCCGAGGACCUGCCCAGCCAGCCGCCGGGCCCCAUGGCCCCGCAGCAGCACCUGCUGGGCAAAGGCAUGGCGGGGCGCAUGGGCGACACCUACCCGCCGGGGGUGCUCCCCGGGGUGGCGUCCGUGCUCAAUGACCCCGAGCUGAGCGAGGUGAUCCGGCCCACCCCCACGGGGAUCCCCGAGUUCGACUUGUCGAGGAUCAUCCCCUCCGAGAAGCCGAGCAGCACCCUCCAGUACUUCCCCAAGAGCGAGAACCAGCCCCCCAAGGCCCAGCCCCCCAACCUGCACCUCAUGAACCUGCAGAACAUGAUGGCGGAGCAGACGCCCUCGCGGCCCCCCAACCUCCCGGGCCAGCAGGGAGUCCAGCGGGGGCUCAACAUGUCCAUGUGCCACCCCGGACAGAUGUCCUUGCUGGGCAGGACAGGUGUGCCCCCCCAGCAGGGCAUGGUGCCCCCCGGCCUGCACCAGGGGGUCAUGUCCCCGCCACAAGGCCUCAUGGCCCAGCAGAAUUUCAUGCUGAUGAAGCAGCGGGGCGUGGGGGGCGAGGUCUACGGCCAGCCCCCCCACAUGCUCUCCCCGCAGGGCUCCCUCAUGGGCCCCCCGCCCCAGCAGAACCUCAUGGUGUCCCACCCCCUGCGGCAGCGCAGCGUGUCUCUGGACAGCCAGAUGGGCUACCUCCCCGCGCCGGGCGGCAUGGCCAACCUGCCCUUCUAGAAGUUUCCUCGCUCCCGA